AUGGCUCUGAGCCUCUGGCCCUUGCUGUUCCUGAUGUUGCUGCGGCUCCUUCACCAUGCAGUGACCCCAGCCGCUGUGGAGUCCCAGGACCCAGACCCUGUAAUUUCUCUCCUGGGGUCAUUUUUAGGAGCUCUGGAUAUGGUCCCACCAAGCUUCUUCAGUCGUUCACGGUUCUCUGCCUUCCUAGACAAUGUUUCUUCUACUCUGGAAGGCUUAGAGUCUAGAGAUGUGGGGGGAGAGGAACCCCCAACUCUAAGACCCCCUGCACUACGGCUUCAUGAUUUCCUGGUGACCUUGAGGGGCAGCCGGGACUGGGAACCCCUGAUCAAGCUACUGGGGGACACCCUCGCACUGCUGGGACAUGAGCAGACACCUCGGGAUUUUCUGGGUCACCAGGCAGGCACCCUAAGUGGGCUGGCAGAGGUGCUACUGAAUGUCAUGCUUCCUGAGGAGUCCACAGUGCCUCCCCGGCCCCCCUGUACUCGGGAUGGACCCCCUGACUGUGAUCUGGCCGCUGAUUGGCUACCUUCACUUCUCCUGUUGCUGGAGGGCACUCGUUGGCAGGCAUUGUUGCAGAUGAUUCCUGUGGCUGACACCAACUUCACAGACCCUGGCUGGGGAGAGACACCAGCCCGCCUUUUGCAGGGCCUCCUGGGCCUGAUACCACCACCUGAGGAGCCAGGUGCUGAAGGACCCCUUUGGAUGGGCCUACUUCGUACAGUGGGGGUUCCCCUCUAUGCUGCCUUCCAGGGAGGACUGUUGCGUGUCACUCACUCCCUAAAGGAUGAGGUUUUUGCCAUGCUGGGGCAACCAGAACUUGAUGCCAGUGGGCAGUGUAUGGGGGGUAACUUGAGACAGCUACUCCUCUGGGGUGUACUACAUAAUGUAUCCUGGGAUGCCCAGGCAUUGGGAUUCCUAUCUGGGAUGCCACCUCCACCCCCUGCCCUCCUGCACUGCUUGAGCACUGGGGUACCACUGCCCCGGGCCUCCCAGAAUUCAGCCCGAAGCAACUCUCGAGAACCUCGAGCCCUCUCUAUGGAUACAAUCUGCUACAACGAAUCAGACACUGACUUACCCUUCAGCAUCUCCAAUUUCUCCAUCCACCUGUACUGUCAACAUGCCAAACCCUCCACUCCCCGCCCACCUUCCAGCAUGGCUGUGACCUGUGAGACAGCUGCGUGGUAUGUGACCUCUCUAGAGGUGAGCGCCCAGUUUUGGUUGCAGGCAUGCCAUGAUCAGUACCCGGAACAGUUCCUGGAGGUCAUCUGCAGUAAUUUCUCCCUGAUGUCACUACCCAGACCCAACAGAGGCCUGGUGAGGCGGCUCUGUGCCAGCCUCCUCCCCCCACCCACCAGUUGCCCAGAAGGCCUGCCUCCCAUUCCCCUCACCCCAGAGCUCUUCUGGGGUUGUUUCCUGGAGAAUCAGACGCUGUGGGUGGAACGAAUGUGUGUGGAAGAGGGCCUAGAGGCAGUGCCCCCACAGAACCAGGCCUGGGUGCAUCAUGUGUGCCAGGGUCCGACCCCUGAUGCUGGUGCCUUCCCACCCUGUCAUGUUGGGCCCUGUGGGGAGCGUUGCCCAAAUGGGGGCAGUUUCCUGGAGAUGGUGUGUGUCAAUGAUACUCUUUAUGACUCCCUCGUACCCUUCUGGCCCUGGCUGGAGGGACAGUGUAGAAUUAGCCGCGGGGGUAAUGAUACCUGCUUCCUGGAGGGACUGCUUGGUCCUCUGCUGCCCCCGUUGCCUCCUCUGGGGCCCUCUCCCCUCUGCCUAGCUCCAGGUCCCUUCCUCCUUGGCAUGCUGUCCCAGCUGCCCCGAUGUCAGGCUGCAGUGCCUGCCCUCUCCUAUCCUACCCGCCUACACUAUUUUCUUCGCCUCCUGGCAUUCCUCUUGGGCCCAGGGGCUGGGGGUAUAGAGGCCCAAAGGCUGCUGGGCCAGGCUCUGCUACUCUCCAGUCUUCCUGACAACUGCUCCUUCUGGGACUCCUUCAACCCUUGGGGCCGGAGUAGCAUGCUACGGUCAGUGGGUGAAUAUCUGAAGCAGGAGCAGAGGUUGACCCCACCUGGUCCUGGCCCCCCUGAUGGCCCCAUCCAGGAUCUUGGCAAGAGGAAGCUACUGGCUUGCUACAGUCCUUUACUAUGGGAAUUGCUUCAGAGGGAGAAGAAUGCUUGGGUCCUACAGAUCCUUGUUCAGGAGUACCUGCGCAUGCCCCCAGAGAAUCUCCAGCAACUGGUAUUAUCAGCAGAGAGUGAGGCAGCUCAGGGUUUCUUGGCACUCAUCCAUCACUCAUGGGCCCAGUUAAAGGUGCCCCCAUCAGAGGAGCGAGCCCUUGGCCGACUGACUGCUCUCUUGCUCCAGCGAUUCCCUCGACUCACACCUCAGCUCUUUAUUGAUCUGUCACCACUCAUCCCUUUCCUGGCCGUAAAUGAUCUGCUUCGCUUCCCACCUUCCUUGUUGGCCAAUGACAGCGUGCUGGCCACCAUCCGUGAUCGUAGUCCAGCCAUGAGACCUGAGCAAAAGGAAGCCCUGGCCCAGCUGCUGCUGGCACCUGAGCUGUUUGGGGAAGUGCCUGCCUGGUCUCAGGAGCUGCUGUGGGCUGCGUUACCCUUGCUGCCCCACCUCCCUUUGGAGCACUUCCUGCAACUUAGUCCCCACCAGAUCCAGGCUCUGGAGGACAGCUGGCCAGCAGCAGGGCUGGGACCAGGACAGGCCCGGCAUGUACUACGUAGUUUAGUGAACCAGAGUGUCCCAGAUGGUGAAGAACAGGUUCGAAGGUUAGGGUCCCUUGCCUGCUUCCUAAGUACUGAGGAACUUCACAGUCUUGUGCCCUUGAGUGACCCCACGGGGUCAGUAGAGCGAGGACUGCUUGAAUGUGUAGCCAAUGGAACCCUCAGCCCUGAAGGACGGGUGGCACACGAGUUGCUACGGGUGCUUCGUUCAACUCGGGGGGCAGAGUUGAGUCCCCAGGAGCUGCAGGCCUGGGGCCCUCUCUUCUCUCAGCUUGGACUCAACUUCCUGGAGGAGCUCUCAGACCCCCAACUCAGAACCAUUCUCCCUGCCUUGCAAAGAACCGACCUCACACUUGGCCAGGCUACCCUGAUGCUUGAACGCCUCCUCCCACAAGAAGAUCUGUCAGUGGAAGAGCUCUGUGCUCUUCAUCCUCUGCUGCCAGGCCUUAGCCCACAGUCCCUCAGAGUCAUCCCCACAGAGGUUCUGGCUGCAGCCUGUCCCUGCUUGUCACCCACGCUGUCUAGGCUUUCAUCAGCUCAGAAAGCAGCAUUGUUGCAGGCUUUUCGGGUGAAAGAUGGAGUUCAAAGCACGGGACCAAUUGGUGCAGAUCCAACUGUGUGCCCUGCUGACCAGCCAGGCUCUCUUAUCUGGCCAGCGUGUUUACUUCCCUUGCUGCCCCUAAAGCUACUACAAUUGGACACCCCAGUUCUUCUGGCCAAUCUGAGUCCCUAUCGUGAGCUGCCCUGGUCUGAACAGCAGGCCCAGUUUCUCUGGAAGAAGAUGUCAAUGACCACUAACCUGACCCUAAGAAACUUGCAAUCUUUGGGCACCCUGGCAGGAGGCAUGACUUGUGAGUGGCUGCAACAGUUCAGCUGGAGGACAGAUUUCCUCAAAGUGGUGGUCUUGGUCUAUCAGCUUCCCGGAGGGGUUCGAGGGAGCCUGAGGGCCUGUAUUUGGGAGGAACUCCAGAGGAGAAUGGGAAUGUCUGAGCUGGAGCUAGGAGGCCUGGGAUCAGACCUGAAUGGUCUGCAGCAGGAGCUACUCUUCCAAUUACCAGUCCAGCUGAUUGACAGGCUGUCCAAUGAUUCCAUUCUCUUGAUACUGGAGCUAGUACGGGGUGACCCUGAGCAAUUCCUGGCGCUGCCCCCGCUCCGACGAGAAGCCCUGGCAGAGAGGGCACUACGCAGCCUGGCUCCACAGGACACUCCACUCUCAGGGGAAGUGCUGGAGGCUUUGGGUCCUCUGGUUGGAUCCCUGGGGACAGAGAGCGUGGGCCGAAUCCUUCCACAGACUCUGCUGGCCCACCUCAAUCGGCUGCAGAACUUCUGCCUGGGAGAACCAUUUGCCACAGAGUUGGGAUGCUUGCUGUUGCGUGAGUCUGCAUUUGGGCGGCCAGAACUCUGGAGCCGAGAUGAAGUGGAGCAGGCUGGACGCCUAGUGUUGACUUUAUCCUCUCAGGCCAUUCUCCUACUGCCCAGGGAGGCCUUGGGGCCUGAGACCCUAGAGAGACUUCUAGAGAGGCAGCAGAGCUGGGAGCAGAGCAGGACAGGCCAACUGUGUGGGGUUCCAGAGCUGGGCCUCAGAAAAGCAGCACUAGUGACUGGGGUUGUCCAGGCAGAAGCUGAAGAUGAACCAGAUCCUGUGCCCACCUGCGCAGAUGUUCGGGGGACAUUCCCAGCAGCUUGGUCAGCAACACAGAUUGCAGAAAUGGGGCUCCCUGACUUCGAAGACUGCCUGGGAUUAUUUGCAAAAGACCAUGGUCUUGGGCCUGAGGAAUUACGAGCAGCGAUGGGCAAGGCGAAAGAGAUGUGGGGUCCCCCUCAAGGAUUUCAUCCAGAGCAGAUCCUCCAGCUGGGUCAGCUGUUAAUAGGGCUAGGAGAGCGUGAGCUCCAGGAAGUGAUUCUGAUUGACUGGGCAGUGCUGGGAGCCUUGGGACAGUUGGAAGGCUGGAGCAAAAAUCAGCUCCAAGCCAUUGUCUCCACCUUCUUACGUCAGAGUGGCCGACAUGUGAGAAACCUGGAUUUUAUUCACCUAACUGCCCUUGGCCAUGCAAUCUGUGGUCUUCGGCCAGAUGAGAUACAGCAUAUCAACAGUCGGGAGUUCAGCAAGGCCGUUCUCUUUCUGGGCUCCCUGCCCCUCCAGUGCUCUGAGGAACAGCUAGAGGCCCUGGCUCACCUGCUUGUGUUGCCUGGAGGCUUUGGGCUAGUCAGUAAUUGGGGGCCUGAGAUCUUUACUGAAGUUGGCUCAGUUGCAGCUGGGCUCCCAGACCUGGCACUCUCAGCGCUGCUUCGAGGACAGAUCAGGGGCCUCACGCCACUAGCCAUUGCUGUCAUGCCAGCACCCAAGUUUGCUGUGGUAUUCAGCCCUGUCCAGCUUUCUGGCUUCACCAGUGCUCAGGCUCUGGCUAUCACACCUGAGCAAAUGGCCUUCCUGAGCCCUGAGCAGCGUCAAGCAGUCAUUUGGGCUCAGUAUGAGGGAAAGGAGAACCUAGAACAGUUGGGGCGUAACACAGCUUGGGGCCUCCAGGAACAGACAGUUUCUUUCUGGACCCCAGCACUGAUUAUCUUCCUACUUGGCUGCUUACCUUGA